AUGCCACAAAGGUUCAGAGCUGACGAGAUAAUGAAACUUGUGCAAGCUUUCGAAGUUCCCAACCCGUUCAUCACCCGCUCUCGAUAUAACUGCUCAGCCAUUGAGGCAUUUUGCCUUUUGUGUGCCCGCUUCCGGAGUGCAGCAGACCUUCACGAGUUGACGAUCAAGUACCGAAGGUCGGAAUCAGCGCUGUCAGAGAUUGUCAACGAGAUGGUCAUAUUCCUUGACCAGAGCUGGGGACAUCUACUCGGCCUCGAUCAUGAGAGCCUCCUUUCGCCUUCGCAUUUGGAGACCUACGCCAAAGCUAUAAGGAAUGCAGGGGUGAUGUCAACACAUAUAUGGGCGUUCAUUGACUGCACCAUACGGGAGGUGUGCCGACCAACACGAUUCCAGCGUCAGGCGUACAACGGCCAUAAGAAACAUCAUGCGAUCAAGUUUCAAGCCCUCGCGCUGCCGAACGGGCUCAUAGGUCAUCUACAUGGACCGGUAGAAGGGCGUCGAGCCGAUGGUUUCCUCCUCGCAGACAGUGGGCUGCUCGAUUGGUGCCGCGAACACGCAAAGCGGCCAAACGAUGGAACAUCGGGCACGGAAAGCUUUUAUCACCUCUUUGGGGAUCCGGCCUAUGGCCUGAGUGACGUGCUGAUCAGUCCGUUCUCAGGGCCAGGUGAACGAACACGUCAGGAGUUGGAGUUCAAUAAACAGAUGUCUGCGCUACGGAUCGAGGUCGAGCACGUCUUUGGCAAUGUUCUCAAUAAGUGGGGCUUCCUCCGGUCGUCGAGCAAAAUGCGGGUAUACUCAUCUCCUGUCGGUUGUUAUUAUCGUGUCGGAGUCCUCCUUGCAAACGCUAUGAACUGUCUCCGGCCUAAUCAGACUUCUCAAUUCUUUGAAUGUGCACCUCCUAGCUUACAAGAGUAUCUCCAUAGGUAG